UACUCGUCCACAUCAUAAGAGGAGAGCAUUGAUAUUUUGUAAAUAUAAACGUCAAUACAUCAACUAUUUCAACAGAACACCGACCUUCCGUUUCAUAUAACGAAAUGCUACGUCCGAAUCAGAAGGUGUUCGUAGCUUUAGCUGCACUACUGCUCUGCACUUUCUCUACUACUUCAGCUGAGACACAGGCUGAUGACAAUUUCAACUGCCCCGAAGACUGCCAAUGUGUGAUACCACCCAACACACAACACACGUUUCUGCAUGCGAAAUGUAAGAGCUUGAAUGGUCUGAAGACUAAGGCACCUCUACAGACCACACUGCCCAUACAUUCCAUUGACUUAUCAUAUCUUCGUCUGGCACGUCUCUCGCAUUCUUUGGAUAAGUUACACGAUUUGACUUCGAUCGACUUGUCGCACAACGAAUUGCAUGAAAUCGGCCAUUUGGGUCGCCGUAUUAAGAAAUUGAACUUGAAAGGCAAUCGCAUAACCUCAGGAAAGCUUUUAAAGCUGCCACAUCAUUUGCAGGUCUUAAACUUACAACACAACGACAUCACUUACUUGCCAAUUGAGUUCACCAACUUCAAGAACUUACACACAUUGGAGUUAAGCCAUAAUCAAAUAAAUUGCUCAUGUGAAACCUUAGAGGUACGUAAUUGGUUACAACAGCAUCAUGUUUUCAUGGAACAUCCAGUCAAGUGCAGUUAUCCUGUUGAAGUGAAGGGUCAAUCAUGGUUGCAAGUAAAGCAGGCACACAUUUGUGAGCAAGAAAAACAAGGUUGGAAUGCAGAUCAAGAUGAGAACGAGUUAAUGAUGGGCGAUCAACCAAUGGAAGGGUCGGGCGAUGAAGAGGAAGAAGAUGAAUUGGGUAAAGCAUACAUGCCAAUUGAAAAGAAGCCCACAUCAAAUAAAUCCAAUGAGUUGAAUGAUGUGGAAGGCUCGGGAGACUUGGGUGAAAUGAAUAUGCCAUUAAGAAACGAACUGAGUACAAAUAAUCCAAUUGAGGCAACAACUGAAAUGAUUGAUGACGUAGAUGAAGAUGAUGGCUCUGGUAGUGGUGCAGGAAUUCUUAUCGCACUACACUCAGAUAGAGACUCUCUCGUUAAUCAUGACUUCCACUACCCAACAAGUAAUGAGAAAGAUCAUGACAGCAACCAUGAUGAUAGCUUUGAUAAUAAACCGAUAGAGGAGCCACAAGUAGAACCAACACAAUCUCCAGAUAUAUUUGGCGCCGGUAUGGGCAUAUUUGAUGGUGCUGAAGAUAACGAUGAUAAAACUAAUGAUGGAGUAGAUGAGGAAAUCAUUGUACCUGCUAUAUAUCACGCAGAAGAAGCAGCACCUGAAGCUAACUCUGAUGCCGCAAUAAUUGAUGAUGGAAUUGAUACAGAAACAAAGUCUGAAAAUAUAGAACGUGCAGAAGUAGGCGCACAGGAUGACAAUAAUGCUACUUACUUCUUAUUAGGCGUAAUUGUACUCAUAGUUGUUGGACUCUUCCUAUUUGUGGGCAUCAAGCGCUGUAAAAACAAGAAUAACGCAAAUGACCCAGAAAAUCCACGACAAACAGAAUUGCUAGAUAUGGACAAGAAGAAUCUUGGCAAACCUUUGCAACGAAACGGUAACGAACAAAUGCCUUUAAUUGGUGAAAAAUCCAAAUCCGAUAUGGCGAAACCAAUAAAUGGUGCAGAUAAAAAACCCUACGAUUCGAAUGAUGUUAAAGAUGGACACACACAACAACCACUGCUCAAUGGAAAUGGCAAUACAAAUGGAACAACAUCACCAGCCGAUGAAGAAAUUAUACCGAAAAUCAACGAACCACUGAACGAAAAUGCGCCACAUCAAUAUUAUCCAAUAACACCGCGUUAUCCCACACCGAAAUCGCCACGCGCUUCCAAAUACGCACAAUAUCCAGCCAAUGAAAACAAUAACAAUAAUAAUAAUAAUAAUGUUGACGAUGCAUAUCUGCCCUCAUCACCCAAAUCUGGACGUUACUCACCCGUCUACUCACCCGAAACGGGACGUGUUAAGAUAAAACUGACUGAAACGCCUAAACCUAAAACUCCGAUGUUAGUGACACGCAGUAAAUCGAAUGCAGGCGAUUUUGUAACAACUCCCGUAACAGAUUCAGUGAUGCCCGCGGUACAUGUGGGCGGUGUCGUAAAUGGGCAUGUAGACCAUUAGGAAGAUUUGAUGAAUGAAGUGAAGGGUGCUUAAAAUACCGAAAAACAAAAAAAAUUUAAUUUUUUUUUGCUAUACUAUUUUUGGAUUCAUAUUUUUUUACGCUCUUUAAUUAAACAAUUAACUUGAUUAAUGUUGUAAUGGCGGGGAGGAAGAGUACCUAUGUAAAAAUAUACGUUUAACGUUACUUACAAUUAACAAAUUUUCUAACUAUUAGCGCUCUACUUUCUAUGCAAUAAAUUUAUAAAUUCAACAAAUUUACUUGAACUCCUUAAAGUCAAAGUUCCUAUACCAAAAGAUGUCUUCAUCCUACCAUCAAGACGAAAGGAUAUGAGCGUUAAUUAACUACUUUCAACUUCAACUCCAUUCAAGCUCUCAGUUUCGAUGAGUGCCAAUUAAAUGUGCCUUAGACAAUUAACGACAGGUUCGAAAAUUAAUUUUGUUCAUUUUCCAUAAAUUAACAUGCGUUUUGAACAAAAUAAAAAUAAUUAACAUAAUUAAAAUAAUUAAGUAAUUAAACUAAAUUUGACCAAGUGAUUUGUUGACUUGUGUAUACGUUAAGAAGCAAAAUUUUAUAAUGAAAAAA